UAAAAUAUAUGAGGCCUUAAUCCUAAUCAACUAAGCUAGACAAAUAUUUAUGAAAAUUUAUCAUAUUAUAUAUCUAUAAUUAAAUUGGACUUUUUGGGCCUUUUCUCCCCCCCAAAGUUGAGGCUUAAAGCUCUUGGUUGGAUUGUUUGGCCCUUGACUGGCCCUACAAUAUACUCAUUCCACAUUUUGCAAGUAAACCAACCCUCUAUAUUUCUCUCUACCAUACAUGCAAUUUCCUUAUCUGAAUUAUCUUGUUCAUCAUGCCAACCCUUGUUCAAUUCUUGAUAUCAGUUUUGAUACAGUUGCUUUUUGUGCAAGUUUCAUCCCAAGUUAACCAGUUCUUGUAUGCAGGAUUCAAGGAUAUUGGUCCCAACAAUCUAACCUUGGAUGGAUUUGCAAAGAUAGAGAAAAAUGGGAUAAUAAGAUUAACAAAUCAUACAAACAAUAUAACAGGUCAUGCUUUUUAUCCAUUACCUUUUCAGCUAAAGAACUCAACAACUGGUAACGCUUUCUCUUUUUCUUCAUCUUUUGUUCUUGCUGUUGUCCCUCAAUAUCCUAACAUAGGUGGUCAUGGCAUGGCUUUCACAAUAGCAACUACUAAGGAUCUUAAAGGUUUACCUAUUCAAUAUCUUGGUCUAUUCAAUUCAAGUAAUGUUGGUAAUUUCUCUAACCAUAUUUUUGCUGUUGAGUUUGACACUGUCCAAGACUUUGGAUUUGAUGAUAUCAAUGAUAACCAUGUUGGAAUAGACAUCGAUGGUUUGAAAUCCAAUGCAUCUGUUAUUACUAGCUAUUACACUGACAAUGAUGAUUCCACCAAACAAUAUUUUAAUAUCAAAAGUGGUAAACCAAUUCUAGCUUGGGUUGAUUAUGAUUCUUCAUUGAAUCUUGUUAGUGUUACACUUUCUUCAACUUCAAGCAAACCCAAAAAACCAACUUUGUCAUUUCAUGUGGAUUUAUCACAUGUUUUUCAUGAUACUAUGUAUGUUGGAUUCUCUGCAUCAACUGGUUUGCAGCUUGCUAGCUCUCAUUACAUCUUGGGAUGGAGUUUUAGAAUCAAUGGACAAGCACCGUCACUUGAUUUGUCUUCACUUCCACAACUUCCACAACCAAAGAAGAAGAAAACUUCUAUGAUAACUGGUGUUUCGGUCACGGUUUCGGUUGUUGUAUUGUGUUCUAUAACAAUUGGUAUUUACAUUUUCAGAAAAAUCAAGAAUGCUGAUGUAAUAGAAUCGUGGGAGCUUGAAGUUGGGCCACAUAGAUACUCCUAUCAAGAGCUCAACAAAGCUACAAAAGGUUUCAAGGAGAAAGAGUUACUUGGGCAAGGUGGUUUCGGCAGAGUUUACAAGGGGACAUUACCAAAUUCAGAUAUUCAAGUAGCUGUUAAGAGAGUUUCACAUGAAUCAAAUCAAGGGCUAAGAGAAUUUGUCUCCGAAAUCGCUAGCAUAGGCCGGCUUCGCCAUAGGAAUUUGGUUCAGUUACUCGGAUGGUGUCGCCGCAAAGGCGACCUCUUACUUGUGUAUGACUUCAUGGCUAAUGGAAGCUUAGAUAAGUACUUAUUUGAAAAGACAGAAAUUGUGUUAACUUGGGAACAAAGGUUUAAGAUAAUAAAGGGUGUUGCUUCAGCUCUUUUGUAUCUACAUGAAGGCUAUGAGCAAGUGGUAAUACAUAGAGAUGUUAAGGCUAGCAAUGUUCUUUUAGAUUUUGAACUUAAUGGAAGAUUAGGUGAUUUUGGUUUGGCAAGGUUAUGUGAACAUGGUGAUAAUCCAGGUACCACUAGAGUGGUAGGAACCUUAGGCUAUUUGGCACCAGAGUUACUUAGAACAGGAAAAGCAUCUACAAGUUCUGAUGUUUUUGCAUUUGGUGCAUUUCUUCUUGAGGUUGCUUGUGGGAGAAGGCCUAUUGAGCCUAAGGCAUUACAAGAAGAGUUAGUGUUAGUGGAUUGGGUGUGGGAAAGGUACAAAGAAGGAAGAAUACUUGAAGUAGUGGAUCCUAAAUUGAAUGAAAUUUUUGAUGAAAGUGAGGUAGUGAUGGUGUUGAAAUUGGGAUUGAUAUGUUCAAAUGAUGUUCCUAUUGUAAGGCCUAGUAUGAGGCAUGUAAUGAGGAUUUUGGAUGGAGAAGUUGAGUUGCUUGAUGACUUGAGAAAGCCAGGAGCUAUUGAUCCACAAGAAGGGUUUGAUGAAUUUUUGAACUCUCUUACAUAUUCAUCAAUUGAUAUCUUAAGUUCAAGCUCUUAUCUUGAAAAUAGAUACACUAAUACUUGUUAUGCCUCAUUCGAAAAUUCACCUCAAUCACUUCUCAAUACUAGAGAAUAAACAAGAAAUAUGAAAAUUUGUAUAAAUAUUAUUAAGAUAUAGUGUAAAAUAUUGAAGUGUAAUGUUUUCUUUGAUGUGUAAUUAUUGACCCCUGCAGUUUAUUUUACAUGUGCAUGGAUUGUUUUCUUUGCACUUAUAUGUAAAGUAUUCAGAUUUUUGACAGAGGGUUUUUAAUCUCCUUAGAUGCAAUAAUAUAAGAUUCCAAGAUAUAAGA